AUGUGGGCGGCGGCCUUUCUCCCAAUGGUGGUCUCUGCUACGGAUGCCACUUUGGAGGGAUAUUCUGGUAGUAGCUGCGGGGGCGAUGCUGGUGAUACCGAUUCAUGUGAGAGCGGCACCAGGUGCAUCUUAUGGAAAGGGCGUGAGUCAGCGCAUCUCACUUAUAUCACCACCGGAGGGCUUGCCAAUAUCGACGUGACGAUCUGGAACGACUCUGGCUGUACCGACAAAGUGCAGGAGCUGCAGCUGGCCCCUGGUUGCCAGAACAUCCCAACCGGGAACCUGCCCGUAGGUGGAUUCUCGCAAAGAAUCCUUGGUUGA